UGUAGGCCCCAUUUCAUGCUCCCAGGCUUCAAGCUGUUACAAAAGGGUUUCAUAUGUUCCCUUGUCAUUCAAAUUCUUCAGUCAUACACAUACGCAUGCCUGGCAGUGCAAGCAAAUCUAAACUUAAAACCAUUUCUUUCCUGUCCUCUUUUAAAAACCCUUUCAGCUGCACUAGAAAUGGCUGAAGCAGAAAUCCCCAGUUAUAUUAUCUCAUCUCAGAGUGAGAAGCACAGGAGAGCCAGGAACUGGACUGAAGCAGAGAUGAGAGGUCUAAUGCUGGUUUGGGAAGAAUUCUUUGAUGAAUUGAAACAAACUAAAAGGAAUGCAAAAGUUUAUGAGAGAAUGGCGCACAAACUGUUUGAGAUGACUGGAGAACUUCGUCAAGGGGAGGAAAUAAAGAUUAAAAUUACAAACAUGACAUUCCAGUAUAGGAAAUUGAAGUGUAUGACUGAUAGUGAGUCACUUGCUCCUGAUUGGCCGUAUUACAAAACGAUUGAUCGGAUCCUGUCUAAAUUACCAGAACACAAUGAUAUAAAGCUGCAGCCUGGACCUUCCACUUCCCAUACUGAAGCUUCGCAAUCUCCAUCCUCAAAGUCAACACCACAUUACUUGCCGUACAAUCAGUUUCCCUAUGAAGAAAGGGAAGAAUGCUUUGAUGAUGACAAUUCAGAGAGUUCCGCUAGCCUCCUGUCAUACAAACUAAGGUCCGGAGAGCGAGUAUUAAAAAAACGGAAAUUACAGAGCUCCAACUUCCAAAAGAAGAAAUUAAAAAUUAUGGAGAAUAUGUUAGAAGAGCAGAAAAGAUUAAGCAGAGCUAUGGAAGAAACCUGCCGCGAAGUGCGUAGGAUACUUGACCAACAAAAUCUCAUUCAAGUUCAGAAUUUACAGCUUCAGGAGAGAAUGAUGAAUUUACUAGAAAAAAUGGUUUCCAAAUCUUCGCCAUAAAAGGAUAUAAAAUGCUUGUUAUUGAGCAACUAAAACACAGUUCCAACAGAUGUCGUGUUAAUGUGUAAGCCUUUUUGCAGUUUUUAAUAUUGUUAUAAUUUUUAUAGCAACAUUAAAAAAAUGGUUUAAGAAGUCCAUAAAUCGCUCUGUCAUUUCAAGGACAACAUGAAGCACAUAGGGCAUUUCUGCAGUUCUGUCUUUUUGUGUCCUAAAGAUAGCAUUGAGACUAUAAAAAAUAUAACUGGCACCAUUCCAUUUUAUUUAGUGGAAACUCCGUUUUUUGCACAAGCAGAGCGUAAUUUUGUUGAAAUGUACAUAUUUUUUUUCUUGUUCACUUUUAUCUGUAGCUACCAGUGCCUGUUCCUAUUUGCAAAGCUUUUAGUUUUUUGCCCAGUAGCUUUUAUCAGUGUUAAAGAAUGACACAGUUAGCAGUUUGCUUUAAUAACUGGACAUUUUAACAUACUACAUGACUAGUGUAAGAUAAAAUAGUGUC